AUGGACCAACCUACUUUGCCAGAGCAGCCACCUCAAAACCGCCAAUUCCACCGCCGUCACCGAUAUAGCGCAUCGACGCCCGUCAAUAUGCAGGCCUACGCAAACAGACCGCUGCCGCCUCUUCCUCUCACGCCGCCAUCGUCAACCCCGAGAGCCAAGACGCCUCAACCCCUCGGGCGGAGCGUCGCGGCCGCGCCAGCGCCAUUGCCGGCCGUUGCCCUCCACGGAGCCUUUCCUAUGAACGGGAGAAACACUGUGCGAGCGGAAAUACCAACCUCUGCGCCCAGGCAAUUGCCCUCUGUGACCGUGUCCCCUUCACCCAAGUCUAGUCACCCUCGCAGGAACAGCUGUGCAAUGUCGACAUGGCCCCAUCGCUCUUCUCAUCAGAAGAUUUACCAGCUUACUGGUAUGGACGUCGAUGUAAUGGACGAACAAAGCUCUCGUUUGGGAGGCGCGGACUCAGACUCGUCCUCGACAGGUUCGGGAGUGAGAUUGGAAGAGCCAGCGACCUGCGAGACUCCAGACUAUCAUCUCGUGCCGGUGUUGGAGACUGAUGUGGACGAGUCCUCUAGCAGGGGAAGCUCAUGGGGCCCCACGUCUCCCGGCAUGUCUGUUGUACCGCCACCUCUGACCAUUCAUAAACAGCCAGUGCGCGACGGAGGUGAGGGGCAAUCUGGAGGUUUGAGCAGCUCGUUUGCCCAGCUACACCUGGACGACGGGGCGAUCCGCCCGUGGGACACGGCAUAUGGUCAGUUCAGCGAUUACGCAGCUGCGGGAGAAUACCACGAGUUUGCGGCUCAGCUUGCGAGCAGAGAUUCUUGUCGACUCAGCGACAGUUGUCUGCAGCCUCCUACACCAACCAAGAAGAAGCGAUCGUCAUUUAGCCUCGCGCUUUCUGCUGCUUCUCGAUUUCGUCGUCGAGAUACUUCUCAGCCUCUUGACCUUGUGGCUGCAAAAACGAAACAAAAGGGCUUGAGCAAAGGAUCUCAGCUGCCCAGGCAGAAGGCGGAGUCGGCAUCGCAACUGCAGCCUCCCAAUGCGCGCGACGCAGCCAAUGGUUCGCGUGUGUCUUCGCUCUCACACUCGGCACCCACUACACCGAUACUCAGUUUGGCCGCGGCGCCGCCCCCCAGACCGAGUCCCGCCCCGCCGCUGAUGAGCGCGUGGGAUAGCGACUCUGAUGAUGAUGGCGAUGACACUGCUGAUGAUGGCCACGUCAUGUCCAACCUGAAGGACUGGUUCACCAGCCGAACGUCCGAGGACAGCAAGCUUCACAGACGGACAUCCAGUACCUCUCGUAUUGGAUCAGAUGGUCAAGUGGCGGGGCUGAAGCAGGAACUAGUGCGCGAGUCAAUUAUGCGCCAGUCUGCCAGGCACAAGCAGACGCAGAUGGAGAAGGCAGCGAAGCGACGAGAACAGAUGAAGCCGCGCACCAAGGUAAUUCCCCAGGGACUUUCAUUACACAAUAUUUACCGGUAA